AUGGUUACUUCACAGGCUACUACAUCUCAUAUUCCAAGUCCAUCUGAUCAAAUAAAUGUACCCAAACAAGCUGCUCUGAAUAAUAAAUACAAUUUUAGAAAGAAUCAAGAACCAAAAAACAUUUGUAGUGCUUCCUUCUGUCAAAAGUUAAAUCUUCCUGGAAUGGAAAAGAUGGUUAUUCAUAAUUCUUGUCAAGGUAGGAAAGGGAAUAUUUGGUUGUUCCGGAACAAAUGUAUUGCACAGCCACAAGUAGUAUCUUUUUCUAGUCAAAUGAUAACAGUAAGUGUUGGUGAUGUUCUAGUUUCUGGUGUUCAUGCUCAUGUUAAGGUUGUUCAAAGGAGGUUCUUGUGGUCUGAAAUGCAAAUUAUAAGUGAUCUUAAGAGGCCAUGGAUUAUCCUUGGGGAUUUCAAUGCAGUAAUGUCAGAUGAAGAGAAAGUUGGUGGUAGACUUCUAAAUAGAAAUGCAAUGUUGGAAUUUAAUGAAUGUAUUAAUCAAUACGAACUUCUAAAUGCUCCAAAAACUGGUCUUCAGUUCUCUUGGUCCAACUGUCAACAAGGUAACAAGAGGAUUUUAUGUAACUUAGACAGAGUUCUUUUUAAUCAACAAUGGUUACAAAAGUAUGGGGAUUGGGGAUUUAAGGUUGGAAUGAAGAUUGUUUCUGAUCAUGCUCCUCUACUUGGUGGAUGUGCAAGCAUUCCUAAACCAAGAAAUACUCCUAGAAAAUUUCAAAAAAUGUGGGUUCUAAAUGAUUGGAAUUGGAAGGGUUUUGGAAAUGUUAAAGUGAAAAUAAAAGAAGCUGAAGAGAGAGUAAAGGUUGCAACUGAAUUUUCUGACAGGAAUCCUUUUGAUGAAGAGGCUCUCAAUGACCUUGUAAAAGCUAAGAAUGGACAUGCUAGUAGAGAGGAUCAAAUUGCUCAACAUUUGGUUAAUCAUUUUCAGAAGAAAUUUGAGUUUGUUCCUAUGAAUGUUGAUGAUGAAUUGUUGGAGGUGAUUCCAAAAGUUAUUACUGAAGAGGAUCAAAGAGUGUUAGAUAUAAUGCCUGAAGAAGAGGAGAUGAAGAAAACUAUUUUUGAAAUGGAUCAAGAUAGUGCUCCUGGUCCAGAUGGCUUUUCUGCAAGAGUAUCAGUUUUAUUAAAUGGAGGACCUUGUGGUUUAUUUCAAGUGGAAAGAGGGCUGAGACAGGGAGAUCCCUUAUCUCCAAUUCUUUUUGUAAUAAUGGAAGAGGUGCUCAGUAGAAAUAUCACUGCCCUGGUGGAAAAAGAUGAUGUGUUCAUUUUUAAUGGUGGUAGGAAAAGUUUAUUAAAUAUACUUCAUCUUUUGGAUACUUAUCAAGCUUGCUCUGGUCAAGUAAUUAACAAAAGUAAGAGUAAACUAUUUGUGGAUGACACUACUCAACAAAUGAAAAAUCUAAUUAGUGAGAUUGUGAAUAUGGAGAUUGCUAAUUUUCCUGAUAAGUAUUUAGGUGUAUACUUGGCUCCAUGCAAAGUUACUUCUGCAAUGGUUUGGUCUAUAGUAGAAUUGAUUCAGAGGAAGUUGGCAGCAUGGAAAGGAAGAUUGCUAUCUUUUCGGGAUAGGCUAGUCUUGGUGAAAUUUGUUCUAUGCAGUUUUCCCAUUUAUAGUAUGUCAAUCUACAAAUGGCCUGGUUCUGUGAUUAAAGUGUGUGAAAAUCUAAUUAGAAACUUCUUGUGGACUGGUGAUGGUGAUGUUAGGAAGUUUAAGACAAUUUCCUGGAAAAGAGUUUGCACUCCUUAUGAAGAAGGUGGUCUUGGAAUUAAAAGAUUAAAGAUUAUUAACAAAUCAUUAUUAAUGAAGAUGAUGUGGAAAAUCUUAAAUUCCAAAGAGGAAUGGGCUUUAUUUUUCUCUGCAAAAUUCAAGGAUAGGAAGGGACAAUGGACUUGUAAUUGA